AUGGUUCACGCACUCUCCUUUCUUGCCCUUGUGGCAUGCUCUACUGCCGUUCAGGGCUACUUUAUUGAGUCCAAUGCAGACGCAAAUACUGUUGACGUUGGCCACUUCAAGUCUAUGAAUGCAUUUUAUGAGCACCUUGGCACUACCGACGCGGACUGGCAAGACACACAAGUUGACGCCCCAAUCAAACGUGAGGAAACUGCCGGCCCGGAUUCUGACCUCGCUGGCGAUGGAUUCUACAAUGCUACUAGCAGCGGCGGGACCUUGGUGCCUCCCGCUGUCUGUUCCAUUCGCAGCCCGUGGCGGGAUAUUGUUUGUGAAGACAUGCCAAUCCACAAAUGGCAGUACGCGCACCAUCGACCUCUGCCAAUCAAGUAUACGCGUACCCGUAUGGAAAGCUCGCUUCUGGGCCUUGCAUCGAGUCUCCGGGCAGGAAAGGACCGCAAGAUGAAGUACCGCCAAAACGGCAACCAACGCCUGCGUCCUGACCAUGAUAUCACUUACGACAAUCUCAAGUUCACGGUGCCUAUGUCGUCCGUCCACGCCAUUGAAUUCAACAAAACUACCACUGGCCUUAUGGUUCAUAUGCAUUACAUAUUCGACCGUGAAGAGGGCCAUAUCUGGUACGAAGGGGCCACUGUGUCACUCGGUGGCCACGACAUGUUGAAGAUGGAGGCUUCUGGGACCCCCGACUACAGUAACAUCACUGGUGACGUUUCAGGCAUUUAUGACUAUCCGGUGCACCCUGCAGCUACUUGGGACUACAAUAUCGUGGUCCAAGUUUGGCGUCAGACCGAGUACCCGCCAACAGCCAGCCCCGAGUGUAUUGCCCAAGUUAUCAAGUGGCAUAUUGAUCAUGCUGCUGCUAGGCACAGCAGAGUCUGCACCCAACUUGAACAGCUGGGAGGUUGGUGGGCGUGGUUGAAGAUCAAUAUUAAUGAGGGUAAAUAUCCCCUCAACACCUUCGGCUGCUGUGACGGCCGCCCGCUGCACCAAGAAAAGCUCCCUCUGGCGGAGUCCAAUGGUUUGAAGAAGAACGAGACAGAGAAGUAUGAGAUGGAGAAAUACGAAGGCUAAGGCUGCUCUGCGUUUCGUGAAGAUGUGGUGAUGCUUUUUGAAAGUUUACGUAGUAUGGUACAGCACAGCGUCCCUAGACGCUGGUCCCCUAAUAAAUGCCUCCGUUUAAGCUUAUAAAACAAAUGCACUUGCGCUUGGGUAUUCAUCAAUCGUUCUCUACUCAACUCAACUCUCGUUGCCACCUCCCAUUCGUCGUUUGUAUUCUCUUGGGCUCUCGAACUCGCUCGGUUUGCCAGACCACAUCCCCAGGCGCUUCUUUUUAGCCACUGCUUCGGCACGUUCGUAUACGUGCUUCAUAUCGCCGUAUUCUCCACCAGAUUUCGCUUCGUAGACUGUCGCCAGGCCGCGUUUCACCAUUUCCAGUCCAACGUUCUUCUUCAUAAACCACUUCCAGACGUAAACGGUUCCCACAAUUCGAUUGUAUUGAUCUCGUUUGUAUACGUGCGCUCGGAUAUUUCGAUGGAGGAUAUAAUUGUUCAGCCACUUCAAUGCUUCGGCAGCAUAUGGUUGAGCGGGCUUUCCAAAGUGUGCAUUUUCCGGGGCAUCUACGCCUGCCAAUCGAAUGGCAAU